CUCUCUCUCCCUCUCUCCCCCCCGGUUCGUGUCACUACCCGCCGGUGGUGUCCUGGCCGCUGCGUCGCCCCCUCGACCCCCGCGGAGACGUUAGCUCCGGCGGCUAACUCCGGCAGACAGCCCCCCGUGUGAGGGCGGACAGCUGAAGCCUGUUAACGAGGGAUCCGGGGGUUCGAUGCCGGGAGACGCUACAUGGAGGCUAACUGACUGACUGAGUCCGGAGCAGAGACACCGCAGCGCCGCAUAGCACCAGGAUGCCAGCAGGAGUGUGUGGCUGCUGUGGGCCCCUGAGGCCGAGGUACAAACGUCUGGUGGACAACAUCUUCCCUGAGGACCCCAAAGAUGGCCUCAGUAAAUCCGACAUGGAGAAGUUGACCUUCUACGCUGUGUCGGCUCCGGAGAAACUGGACCGGAUUGGAGCUUACCUGGCGGAGAGGCUGAGCAGAGACGUGGUGCGACACAGAUACGGGUACGUGGUCAUUGCCAUGGAGGCUCUGGACCAGCUGCUGAUGGCCUGUCACUCUCAGAGCAUCAAACCCUUCGUGGAGAGUUUCCUGCACAUGGUCGCCAAACUGCUGGAGUCCAGAGAACCAGACCUGCAGGUCCUGGGAACCAACUCGUUCGUGAAGUUUGCCAACAUUGAGGAGGACACGCCGUCCUACCAUCGUCGCUACGACUUCUUCGUGUCUCAGUUCAGUGCCAUGUGCCACUCGACGCACGAUGAUCCUGAGACCAGAACCAGGAUCCGCGUGGCGGGGAUCAAAGGUCUGCAGGGCGUGGUGAGGAAGACGGUGAACGACGAGCUGCAGGCCAUCAUCUGGGAGCCGCAGCACAUGGACAAACUGAUCCCGUCCAUGCUGUUCAACAUGCAGGACAGUGACGACCUGGACAGGUGAUGCACACACACACAC